AUGGAGCACGAUCCGUCGCCAGCAAUGGAAGACGGAUCCACUUGUCCGGAAGUGAUCAUCAUUAGGAACAGCCCAAUUAGCCAGCCGGUACAGUGCAAACCAGUGCUCUAUAUCAAAUCAAGUUGGACGGUCAACGGUCUAACUGUUCCGGAAGCCCAUCUAGCUGAACUUGAUAGACAUAGAUAG